CCGAAAGAGGAGAGAGAAAGUUAGAGAGAGAAUAAAGAAAGAAUUUAAUAGGGAGGGAGGGAGAGGGAGAGAGAUUGAUGUGUUAAUGUAGAGAUGAUGAUGGGUGAGGCGUCGAGAGAGGCUCAGAUAUCAAUUGCGGCUUCGUCGAUGUUUCCAGGGUUUCGGUUCUCGCCGACAGACCAAGAAUUGAUAUCGUAUUACCUGAAGAAGAAGCUCCGAGACUUUGACAAGUGCGCUGAAGUGAUUUCAGAGGUUGAAAUCUGUAAACACGAGCCCUGGGACUUACCAGCCAAAUCUGUCAUUCAAUCAGAUAAUGAGUGGUUCUUCUUUUCUCCUCGUGGAAGGAAGUACCCAAAUGGCUUACAGAGUAAGAGGGCAACUGAAUUGGGCUAUUGGAAAGCUACCGGGAAAGAACGAAAUGUUAAGUCAGGUCCUAAUGUGAUUGGCACAAAAAGGACUCUGGUGUUCCACACGGGCCGUGCACCAAAAGGGGAGAGGACAGAAUGGAUAAUGCACGAGUAUUGUAUGAGCGGAAUGUCUCAGGAUUCUUUGGUUGUUUGUCGCCUUCGAAAGAGCAGUGAGUUUAGAUUAAGUGAUAGUCCAAAACAGGGUUCUUUGAGUCGAAGGCAUUUACCAACAGAGAAUAAUAGUAAUUUUAGUUUAUCUGAAGCUGGUGUUGAACAAUUAGGCAUAUUGGAAGCAGCCAAGCCAGUCAAAUGUAGUUCAAAGGAGUGUAGCAACCCUGGUAGUUGUCAUUCAGCAGAACAACAGAUUGAUUAUGGAUCUGAAUCUGAUAAGACACUGAAGUGUCAGUUCUCUCAGCCAGGUCAUCAGGGUUGCGACGAAGAAGAUUAUUAUGCUGACAUACUAAAAGAUGAUAUCGUCGAUCUUGAAAAUAUUUUCCCUCGAAUUUCUGAUCCCAUGACAAUGGUUGCUGACAAGUUGGAGGAUGAGACAAGGUCUCAACAGUUGGUACAAACAAUCCCGUUUUGUGUGAUUCCUUUCCAGGGCACAGCAAACCGAAGAAUCAGAAUGAGGUGGUCGGAAAAACAAAAAAUUUGCCAUGCUGCUGAGGUUGAAGCAAACAGUAAGAAUUAUUCGAUUGAGGGAUCCAAACAUCUAAACUUAGAGCAGAAGCCAAAAUGUUUGAUGGGCAUACUUUCAGAUCAGAGACUGAAUCGACACUCCAUAUCUGUAGUCAUUGUCUUGAUCAUACUGACCUUGCUGUUUCUGUUUGUGUCUUUGUUGGGAGUACCAUGGCAAGUCCAAAAGUUUACAAAUGCUUUCUUCUUGUGAUGUAGGGGAAUCAAGGUCAAUAGUAGAGUACUGUUUUCUUUUUGCACAUUUUACAGAUUUAAGGUGAAAUCUUUGGGUUUCCUUCCUUUUUUCUUCUUCUUUUAUUUUUAUUUUUUUUUAUCAAAUCAUCGUUUGUAAUUAUUAGGUAGAAUUAAUGGAGGGUACACGUUUCCUCAGUCAUUUUCCUCUUAUUUCUUCUCUUGCACUUGAAAAGUAAAAGAAAAAUGAACAAAAAAUUGCAAAA